AUGGGGAAUAAAAUUGCUUUCCUCUUCAACAAUGAGAUAUUGAGCGAUGUGAGUUUUGUUGUUCCAUCCUCCAACGAGGAAAAUGAAACUACAAAGGUCGUCCCAGCUCACAAGUUUGUGCUUGCAAUCAGUAGUCCUGUGUUCUUUACCAUGUUCUAUGGUCAAAUGGCGGAGAAUAAAGACUCUAUUGAACUGAGUGACUGUGAUUACGAGAGUCUGUUGGAGUUUUUUCGCUACAUAUAUUGCGACCGAGCGAACUUAAGCGGAAGUAACGUACUCAAAGUGUGGUAUUUGGCGAAGAAAUACAUGGCGCCCGAACUCGCCUUGAGCUGCAAACAAUUCGUGCGACAUGAAUUUCAAGUAAAGGUAUCAAACGUUUUUUGCAGUUUGUCGUGUGCUCGUAUGUUUGAAGACGAAGAUUUGGAAGAUCGAUGCUGGGGAGUGAUUGAGAGACAGACAGAAGAAGCUUUGACAUCAAACGAAUUUGUUAGAAUUGAGCGAUCUUUUGUUGAAUCUAUUGUGAAGAAGGAAGUGUUGAAUGUUAAAGAAAUAGAACUGUUUAAAGCCGUUGAUCGCUGGGCCGCAAAAGAAUGUGAGAGGCAAGGAAUGACUCCUGAUGGACUGGGAAAGAGAAGUAUUCUGGGAGACGAAAUCGUGAAAGCGAUUCGAUUUCCGCUGAUGUCGUACGAAGAGUUUAGAUCCGUGACGAUAUCUAGGGAAACUAAUAACAUUCUGAAAGACGAGGAAGUCUCUCACAUGUUGAGUUAUUACCUGGAUGAUUUGAAGACUGUGUUGCAGUUUUCACCCGCCCGAAGAAUCGAUUUUCAUCAAUGUACUACAUUUGACAAUUUCCUUCCUCCGCUGGGAGUUGACAAGUGGAAGUAUGUAGAGAAGACGGGGGAGAUAGCUUUCUCUGUCGAUAAGGCCAUCUACCUACUGGGGAUUCAACUCUUCGGCAGCUUCGAACGAUAUGAAGUCAUGGUUCAAGUUAGAAGUCAUGGCUAUUGCAUAACAGAUCAUUCAGGUACGCACUCCUCGAGAAAGGUUGCCAUGACAAACAAUUAUUAUUACGGAUUUGAUGUGUUUUUCGAUGAUCCAAUUUUAUUGGCGACUAAUAGAGCAUAUGAAAUUGUGUGGCGUAUUCGUGGUCCAUCCUCAUGGUACGGCGAAGGACACAAACAGUCCAUUUAA